ACAAGAGUAUCAGAAACGGUCGUGAACAGUACUAAAGAGCUAAAAUACGGUACUCCAGUUGAAAUCCAUGUCGAUGUACAUCCUGGUUCAUCGUACAUUUUCAAUAUAACCAACGAGGAAGAUCACAAACCAACCGGCGAAAUUCAAGUUAAUGUGACAAUGUGCCAACCUCGUGAGGCAGAUUCGGAACCUGUGGAACGCUCGGAAAGCGGUUUAUUUGAUAUUCCCGCAGAAAAAGUAAAGGAAAUGAUCAAGACCUAUUGUUCAGAUAAAAGUCGAGUGAAACGUAGUCCUGGAAACGGGAAAUACAAAAUGUAUUUAUUCAUCACCGGCACAAAUGAAAAGAGCGCGGAUAAAAAUAUCAGCGUAGUUGGUAUAAGUACACAUGCGGAAGUCCCUGGGACUAGUGCGACACAUACAUCUCCAUCAACAACAACUCCUCCUUCGUCAUCUCCCACUUCUCCUCCACCAACACCCACACAUACACCUACGCAUGCGUCCACGGCUGCACCCACAACGCCCGCAGCAAGUUCAUUAAGUACCGGUUGGAUUGUUGGAAUGGUGUUAAUAGCAAUAUUUGUGGUGACGCUGAUUAUUGCAAUCGCUAUAUUUAUCUAUUUUUAUAUGAAGAGAAGAAGAGGAUCGAUCAAUGAAGACCGCGAUGGUCUUUUUAAUGGGCAACAAUUUGUCGACGAAUCACCGUCUAGAAACUUACCCUUUCCUAAAACAGUCAAUAACUACCAAACACCACAAACAUCCUCCACGAUCCCUGCAGUCAACAAUUACUCCAGCUCACAGCCCUACAAUUAUCCUCAACCGUCCUCAAAUUAUCCAAAACUCAUGCAUCCCAAUAUUCAGUCACCACAACCCAACAUCGCAUCGCCCAUAAAUCCGAUAACACCUAACAACAACCUGUAUGGUUCAAGAGGACUGAGCAGGAAUUAUUGA